AUGGCAUUUUUGCGAUUCGAUCUCAAAUUUCUCGUCUUAAUUCAAGUUGUGAUAAUGCACCUAUUUCCAAAACACAUGUCCCAAGCAACAGCUACCAAUAACUGUACAAGUGCAGUCAGUCCAACUGAUGCCUGUAACAAAAUCACUUACGAACAAGUUUACAACAUCUUGGCGAAAUCAGAAAACAGUUUCAACAUCGAGUCGGCUCUUUAUCCACCCAAGAGGCCUUCCUCAGUGCGGGUAUUUGUAAAUGUCUAUGGCCCCAACAAAACGGAAAGUUCAACUCCUGCUGCCAAAUACACGUGGAGUAUUUCUUGCCUGUACGCUGCUCUUCCUGCUAAAGUUCUUGAAUUUUGGUCUUUAUGGUCAAUCAUGGUGACCAGUCGAACACAGGAGCUUAACAUAACAAUUUCACUUUCCUGCUGUGAUGUGACGAAAGGGAAACUAAAAAAACACAUCGAAGACGCUCUAGCUGCUGUAAGUACUUUGACCAAUUUAGAUUAUGUACCGAAAUAGCAAAAAUAUUCUAAUUGAACAUUAAAAAACCAAUCAGGAAAAAACAUUGCACCUUAAACCUUGUUAACAUCUUCUCCGAAAAGAAUUGAAAGUAGAGUUGUUACCUCAGUUAUUAUAACUUCAUCCAUGGAACUGAAAAUGUUAGUACCCCUUGGAAAAUGAGAAAUUCGGAUAGGUACCAUUUUGGACCACGUCCCCACCCCUCUCCCCUCUCCUCGUCUAAAUUUGUUAAUUAGCAUCUUUGUUCCGAUAUCUCCUACAAACUGGAAGUUACUUAAAUGAAAGCAAAUAUCAAAUUCAAAUCCGUUAAAAAGAAUUGUCUUUAAAGUCCAUGAACAGAAACGCGACGAUUCUCUAAAGUGGAGAAAAAAUUUUCUUGCCUCUCCAUCUUUACGGAGAUAGUGGUUCAUAUUUCCUUUAUUCGAGUUGUUUGGCAAACUAUGCCAGAGUCAGGGAGAUUCGUGUCUUUUCCCUAAGACUUACGGCUUAUUCGAGAGAGUUGGCAUGUAUGCUGGGCAUGUACACUGUUAUUAUGACCAAGAACCCAUGACUUGGUGCUGGACAUACCAACAGGGAUUCAUUGUUCUGUGUUUUUAAAUAUUUUUCCAAACCUUCCAGUAUCCCAUAGCUCAUCUUCACUUCUUUUUCGCUUACUCUUUUAGAAUCAUCUUUUUGUUUGAUUUGACUUAGUUCUUUCUUAUGUUUCAUAGCUCCAAGAUCUGGCUGUUAGGCCAGCAAGAAGAGACCCCCAACUGAAUUCUGCUGAAUGUAUCACAGAGGGAGAUCAACCAAGUAUUUCCUCUGUUACAGAACACAGUUGGCGAAUAAAAUUAAUUUUAAUCCUCUCCUUUCUCUUUUCAAUAGUGUUUGGGCCAUUGUUGGCCUUUACAACAACGAGAAAACAGGACGAGCUCGGAAAAAAGGACAACAAUAGAAAAAAUACGAUAGAUUUCCUGUGUGCGUUUUUGUUUGUAAUAAUCACUGUUUUAAUUAUACCAAGAUAUGUAACAGUCCAUACAAGUAGCAGCGAUAAGAAAAUGGUUCCUUAUUAUAUGUUCCUUAUUAUUGAACUGAUACAACCGGUCAUUGUGCUUGCUGGGGCAAUAGUCUUUUUGGUGACAUGGGUGAAAUGUGGGGGUAGCGACCAGAAUAACUACAGUGUAAAGGUCAAGUCACUUCUUUUCAUAAUUUGUGCAAAUUUAGCAACCCACCAUUUUUGUUGGCUCUUAGUCGGUAUAAUGCUGAAUCCUAUCUGGGGUCUUGUUGUUCUGCUCGUACUUUGCCUUUUUAUUGGUAUCUCAACCUUUGCAUUUUAUACCUACAUGUCUUCAAAUGACGCCUCAAAAUGUCAGUCAUUUUCUUCAUGUUUUGCUGGGUUCCUAGCUGUCUGUGGUCUUAUUGUUAUUGUAAUUCUAGCUGGGCAGUCAUAUAAUGGAAGACAAACUGCUGAUGAGGCUUUGAAAGAAGCAGUGAUGUAUUUAAUCUCUAUAUUCUUUUCAUGGCUCUAUUGGAAGAGGUGGGUUAAUAAAAGUAAGAAAUCUGCAGAUUGCAAAAGUGGUCCUGUUUCGGCUCCUAACUCAUCACAAGAAAAUGGUCAUGUUCCAGAGCACAGUGGAACAGAAAUGGAAACACUUGUGCAGCAAGAUGUUUGA